AUGUCAAAUGAAUUAACUGGCAGAGAAAUAUGCAAUGGUUGUGGCCAUAAAAUUCCACUAUCUAAUCCAAGACUUAGUGUUAAUAAUUUCCGGCGCUGUGUAAAUGAAAUUACAGAUCUAGAUGGGCUUAUUAAAUUCAAGACUUAUUUGAGACGCUUUAUUAAAUCUAGAUGCCGAGUUAAGGCAACUGCAAUCAACUUCAUAGAAACUUUGGAAAAACUGAUUGAAGAUCAUGGCCAUGAUAUAGAAUAUAUCAGAAUAUGGCUAUUGGGGAUUAUUAAUGAUCCAAUUGAUUAUGAACCAUCUAAACUUAGUAGAGAAAUGCAUCUUUAUAGAUUUCUGCAGUCCAAUUAUAGUGAAAUAAAUGAAACUUUUACAGAGUUCUAUGAGAAUUAUAUUCAAACUACAGAUGCUCCUUUGGGUAAAAAUAGUGUAUCUAGAUCAUUAAAUGCUUUAGGCCUUAAAACUGUAAUGAAAAAAGUAAAUAUACCUGGUAGAAACCCAAAAUGUUGUAUGGUUUUAUAUGCUACAAAGGAUGAAUUAUCAGAAAUCUUCCAAAAAAAUGGAAUUUGA